CGUUGCUGCCGGUGUCAACAUGCAACAUGCCCAAUCUUGCCGUGGGGAAGUUGGUGAUCGGUUCGUUUGAACUUCUGCGUUUCGACCUGCCUUUGCCAGAAAGAGACAGACUAUGGAAGAGGAUCCCUGUCCAUCAUCAGUUAACGUUUGUCACACCAGAGAAGAAUGGUCAGCUCUUUUCAAAGAAUUGCAGAACAUGAGAUCGGAGGGUAUGCUAGUGGACGUGACUCUGAGUGCCGAGCAAAAAGAGAUCCCCUGUCACCGUCUGGUUCUGGCCGCCAACAGUGAAUAUUUCAAGCUCAUGUUCAACGGGAGCCACAGCGAGAGCAGGAAGGACAAGAUAGAGAUAGGAGGAGUGAGUGCAGAGGCACUGCAGCAGUUGGUAGACUACGCCUACGCAUCCAAAAUCACCAUAACGACUGACAACGUCCAUGCGCUGUUUCAAGCAGCGGACAUGCUGCAGUUUCUCGGAGUCUGUGACGAAUGCGAGGAUUUUCUGGAACCCCACAUAAACCAAGACACGUGCUUGGGAACGUGGGCGCUGGCUGACAGGGUGUCAUGUACGAGUUUAGCCGAGAAAGCAGAAUGCUGGGCACUGAAAUGGUUCAAGGAGUUGUGCACAACCGAGGAGUUUCUUGAACUCCCUUAUCAUCUGCUGAAGAUGUACAUCUCAGAUGAGCGCCUUCUGGCCAAGGAGGAGCAAAUCUUGGAAGCGAUCAUGCUUUGGGCAAGACACGAUCUUAAAGAACGGAAAGGACACCUCAAGGAACUGCUGAAGUGUGUCUGCUUCUCAAGUAUGGACCAAGACUAUCUCAAGAACAUCCUAAAGGAAGAUGAAGUGUUGGCGGGUGUUCGAGGAAUCAAGCAGAUGAUGAAGAGCCAGUCUACGCACACGUCACCUCGACAAAUGCUCCAGAAGGACUUUCUUGUUCUUGGUGGUUCUCGACUUGUUCUUUGUGCAAAUGUUCGCGGAGAGGUGGAGCCAAGAUUGUAUAUGAACAGUAGUGUCUACACACUUGGCCUUGACUCUCAGUGUAUAGAUACAAGUGCACUGCCUGCACCCUUUCAUGACAGCAGGGGGAUAGCAGCAUGUGUUGUUGAUGGUGAUGUCAUUGUGACGGGGGGUCACGAGUCCCUGACCCAAGCCUGGAGGUACCGGCCAGCUCUGAAGUCUUGGACGAAGCUGGCAAGUCUGAAGAAAGGCAGAUUCAAUCACAGGAUGGCAGUUCUGCAGGGACAGGUGUAUGUGGUGGGUGGUUCCCGCCCAGUGAACUACUCUCGAUCCGGAGAGGCCAUCGAACGGUUGCCCGACGUAGAGGUGUACAAGGAGAAGACAAACCGCUGUAAGAAGGUUGCACCGCUGAAGCUUGCAGUGAGCAGCUUUGGUAUAGCCACCUACGGUGGACAGAUCUAUGUUUUCGGCGGCGAGCCUUACCCUUAUGAAGGUAAUGAUCUCAUGCGGAAUGAGACAGAUGCUGUCCAGCGGUACAACCCUGCCCAGAACAACUGGACGUGUGAUGACGAUGUGCAGUUGCCAUACCCUUUGUCGUGCAUACAAGCGUGCACGGUCGACAAUAGGAUCUACAUAGUUGGUGGACAGUUGGAGUGUGUGCUGUGCUUUGAUCCAGAGGAUUCAUAUGAGCCCUUUAGGGACAUGGCGAACACACUGUUUCCAUGGCAGCACUGUAGUGCCACGGUCUGUGGUGAGGAGAUCUACAUAUCAGGCGGCAGGGUGCAUCAGCUCGUAACUGACGGAAACGGUAUUCUGCGCCAGGUGGAAACCUAUGCUUUGGUGCAGUGUUACAACGUGAACAGUGACACCAUGGUCUUAUGUAAGGAUCUGCCAAAGCCGCUGUAUGGACACUGCACUGUGACUGUAGCCAAGACUUAGAGUUAGAUAUCAGUUGGCUCAAUUGAUUUGAAGCUGACUUUGUCUUAGAAUUGUUCUAAGUUGGAUGUAAAAUUGACCUUGUAAGACAACACUAUUUAGGUCAUGUGCAACACUAUUACCUUAGCAUACUGCCCCCAGUUUGUCAUCAAUGGUCCCUAUGCUUGUUGGAACCCUGUUACCAUGCCGUUAACUUAUGAAGGCCAUAUGACUCUGAGCCAAUCAGAACACUCGCCUGUAUCGUAGGCAAAAUUUGUAAAAAUCUCUAGGCAAUUGUUUUUCUACUAACCUUCACAUUAUGAUUUUUGUUUGCCUAAAACUGACUGUAUGCCUAAAUUUAAAAAAGUUCUCAGGUUUUAAAGAUUUUUUUGUGAAAUCUAUUGCCAUGACAACAAUAUUAUUACAUGUCAUAAUGGAAUGGGAACUACAUGAGUGAGAAAUGUUAAACUGUACACUUUCAACAUGUUUUCCCAAAUACGACUUGAACAUGAGCUUUUAGUAUGUGCAUAUAUUUUUUUCUAAUAAGUGUUACUAAACAAGAUGUCUUAUUUCUAUCAACUGUUUUUCAGUAUUGUGGUUACUUCAUUUUUUAAUACAUUGUGCUUUCUAUAACUCCCUUUUAUAUGUUACAUAUAUGAGUGUGUCAUAACAGUGGAGUCAGUAAUGAAUGUGAACAUUUUCAAC